AUGAGCUCGACCUUCACUGCAUUGGAUGAGCUGGAGCGCGAAAUCAACACGUAUUUAGAUGACACACAGGCCACCGGCGGUGGAAACAUAGGGCCAGUACUUUUUCAUUCUGCCCGAGUCCAAAUGGAGAUUCAGGAUUUGAGCCAGCGCGUUCAGCAAAAGAGUGUUGCCCUAGAAGAUAGGGCACGAAGCUCGUGA